AUGGAUGACCGCGAAGAUCCAAUUGCACAGUUCUUCUCCGACCCGGAGAACGUCGACCUAUACGAUGUUCUCUCAGUCGGUCAUGACGCGAAACUAGAAGAGAUCAAAAAGGCUUAUCGUCGCCUCGCCCUACAAUGUCAUCCAGACAAACAUACCACUGCGAGCGAUUCCGUACGCGCCGACGCGUCCUUGAAAUUCCAACAGAUUGGUUUUGCAUACACCGUGCUCUCGGACGAAAAGAAGAGGCAGCGGUACGACCGAACGGGGAAGACGGACGAAGGCGUGGAGUUAUCGCCAGGCGAAGACGGGUGGGAGGCUUACUUCGAGGAUUUGUUCGACCGAGUCACGCGGGGACGAUUGGACGAGCACAAGAAAGAGUAUCAAGGCUCGCAAGGAGAGGUCGAUGACAUCAAACAGGCGUAUGUCGAUACCGAGGGAUCUAUCGAGGAGAUCAUGAAGCUAGUUCCUCAUUCGACGUUCGACGAUGAGCCACGGUUCAUUGUCCUUAUCACUAAACUCAUCAAAGAUAAAGAACUGCCGUCCCUCCCUCUGUGGGAGAGGAGUGUCAAGGACGAGAAAGCGAAGCUAGUGCGAAAGAAGCAGAGCCAGAAGGAGGCGAAGGAGGCAGAGAGCCUAGCCAAGGAGUUGGGAGUAUGGGAUGAAUUCUACGGUAGCGGCAAGCCAAGUGCGAAGAGAGAUAAAGGGAAGGGAAAAGACAAGCAAACCAAGGCGGAGGACGCGGAGGACGAGGAAGAUGAGGAGGAUCACUCCGCGUUGCAAGCCCUCAUCCUGAAGAAGAGGAAGAAUAUGGACGGCUUCUUCGACAGCUUGGCAGCCAAGUAUGCCGAACUGCCUACCAAGUCAAAGAAGGGGAAGAAGCGCGGCAAGCCAAAGGAUGAUGAGGAGGUUGACGAGGCCAUGGAGUCGCCGAAGAAGAAACCAAGACGGGGCACUGUAGAGCCUCCUGACAUUGACGAAGCAGAGUUCGAAAAGCUGCAACAAAAGCUCUUUGGCGACAAGGUCAAGUCAGGGUCCAGUUCAACUAAGGCAAAGAACAGAGGGCGAGGUGCUACGAGUAAGAGAGGUGGCUGA